AUGGCUCUACAUACACAACCUCAUCCUAAACAAAAAUACAAAUACCUACCAGAAACAACCACCCACAAAGCCACAAUCCUCGGAUUUCCAUCCCGCUGCUCAACCUUUCCAGCCCUAUAUGAAGCAACAUGUGCCGAGAUCAUCGAUCUAGCUGGCACAAUCGCCUUCUUCGAACCAGUAUGGCUACACGUCAGACCAGAAGAUGAGCCGCGCGCAAAAGAACUAGUCGCAAAGCGCAUGGCUUCAGCAUCGGCGACUGAAAAGGCUCGUGUAACUCUCAUUCCCCUUCCGAUUAAUCAUUGCUGGGUUCGUGAUACGGGGCCAGUUUAUGUGCGUGGUGAAGAUGGGCGGCGCUUUGCGAUUGACUUUCGGUUUUGUGAGUGGGGGAAUAAGAUUGAUCAGCUAAUUUAUACUUCCUCCGAGUCCGAGUGGCCUGUUAUGAACGAAGAGCGACAGAAGGAGAAUGCCACCUUCGCUUGCCGGGUGCUAGAGCGCGAGAAUUCCGUCCCUGGUUCAAAUCCAGUGACGAGAGUCGAAUCAGCCGUCCGGCUUGAAGGUGGCGGGAUCGAACUAGACGGUCAAGGAACACUCAUGGCAACAGAAAGCAGCGUGCUCGUCCCAUCGCGAAAUGCAGACCUCUCCCGCUCAGCCGUCGAGGCCGAAUUACACCGGCUACUAGGUGUAACGAAGUUCAUCUGGAUCCCAGGUCGUGAAGGGCUCGAUAUAACAGAUUGCCACAUCGACGCCGAAGCACGCUUUAUCGCACCGUGUGUUGUGGUGCUCUGUAAACCGCAUCCAAGCUGUGAGGCUGUAUACUGGGACAUCUACCGUGAAGCGCGCGCGAUACUUGAUACAGUCACUGAUGCGCACGGCCGUCGAUUGCAGAUUUAUGAUAUUGAGGAGCCAGAUCCAGAGCUUGUCAGGGGCCAGGGUGGAGUUGUUCCCGGUGAGGAGGAUAUGCCUGCGGCUUCUUACGUUAAUUUCUACUUUACCAAUGGGGGUUUGGUCGUGCCGGCUUUUGGGGAUGCCGAGGCUGAUUUGAGGGCUUUUGAGCUUUUGAAGAGCCUUGUCCCUAGGAGGGUGGUUAGACAGGUUUUUGUUAAUGCGUUACCUAGGACUGGGGGUGUGUUGCACUGUGCUACGCAGCAGGUGCUUUGA